AUGGGGAAAGCUGAGAGACAUUCACAGCUUUGUGUCGACAUGAGGACUCUUCUCGGUUUGGCUUUCCUCGUUGCAGCCACGAUGGCCACAGCUGCCGUUCCCUAUACCGGAGCCAUGCCGGGUUACAUUUUGGGUUUUAUCAAUGCCUGGCGCUCAAAGGUAGCCCUUUCCAGACAGCAAUGGUACAACUCUACAGUGACCACUGAGCUCUACUGGCCCGGCUCCAAGAAGACGUAUCAAUUGCGCUGGGACGCUGGCUUGGCGACGAAUAGCUCGAAGCGAUUGAACUCCUUGCAGAACAGAGUGGCCACCUAUCCUCUGCCAGCGGGCACCCUCGAGAUUCACGUCGGACUCUUUCCGAACACCGUCGGCACCAACCUGAUCACCAACAAGGAAAUGUUUGAUUACGCGUGGACGAACACGUGGCUUGCGUGGAUCUCAACAAGCGGCGUGCCCAGCAUCAACUACCGUCCACCGGCCAACACUGGAUACACUGAGUCCUACAUAACGCAAACCUAUCGACUAGUUCACGGGAACGCUCAGAAGAUUGGGUGCGCCUUCCGUAACAACACCGAUCAACUUGCACCAGCUGGCGCAUAUGGAUCGUACAUUCUCUGGUGUCAGCUUUCGCCAAUGGCAUUUGUCUCCGGGACGCCAGUGUAUCCAGUGGCUAACUCCCCAUGUGAGAUCUGCUCUCAAUGCCCCGCCACCGCUCCGUGUAACCCAAAAACUGGCCUCUGCGUUUUCAAAGCCACCGGAAAA